AUGUCAAACGGGGAAAGUAUAUCAAGGAAAAUCAGCGGCAGGAAGAAUCUUAAUUUUGAUAUUUUGGAAGAAAUAUUUCGUUACGUCAUCGAGCCAGUUCAUAAACUCGAUGAAUUUGAUAAUCCAGGAUAUAAACAUUUAUUUGAUUGUAUUUUAGUGAAUAGAGAAUGGUGUAGCGCAGGAGUAAUUCAACUUUGGAAACAACCAUUUAAUAAAAACCAUUCGAAGCAUCGGUUUAACAUUAUUGAUGUGUAUCUGUCUUGUAUGAAUAAUGAACAACUACAAAUACUCAAAGAUUUUGGCCUUGUAUUUCCUAAUUUAAUACACAGACGACGUCAACAUCCAGCCUUUGAUUAUCCCUCGUUAAUUCGACAACUCGAGUAUAAAGAAAUGCUGUUUACCGUUUGGGAAUGGUGUCGACAAACGCAAUCCACUGCUCUUCAGACAUCCACACCAGCUGCAAUUGCACUCGUACGAGCGCUUCUUGAACUAUUCGCCGCGAGCGGUGCCAAAUUAACUUCCGUCAAAAUGGUUCUUCCCGAUCGAAUGGAUCAAAUAAAUUACGAUAUCAUUGGAAAAUAUACAAAAAUUUUGGCUGAACCACAAAUCAGAGACCUAACUAAUCCGACGGGAAACUUGUUUUUAUCGGGAAAUUACGCGAAUUUUGAUCAGGUGUUUGUAACUUUAUCCGAAACUUUUACUAAAGUGCGAAAUCUUGAUCUCUCUCGAGUAUUUCUUUAUACUUCGGAACGAGAUUGUAAAAAUAAACUCGUCGAAAACUUUUGCUCUUUAAUUUCUUCUCAAACCCAUUUAGUUUCAUUCACGCUUUCUACUUGUGGUGAUCAUCAAUCAAAGUUCAUGUCGGCGUUGCGUAGUCAAGCAUCUUCACUACGUCGUGUUACAUUUGUUUUACUGAAUUUCGAAAAUAGCCCACCAUUCGAUGGGUUAGCUGCUUGCACAAAACUCGAGAAAAUUGAGUGUAUUCGUUGCUUCAACAUUACCGAAAGAGCUGUGGCGCCAUUAUUGUCCGCUAAAUUCUCACAUUUACGGGAAGUUAAAGUUAUCGUAUUUGGCUCAAAUCAUGGCGUCUGCCCUGAAUUUAGAAAUUGGGCUGAAAAUAUAAAUGAACAAGCGAAAAGUCAAUAA